AUGCUGGAAAAUCUCUACAGGAUUCCUUUUCUCGUUCUAGAGACUCCCAAUUUGCGCCUCAAGCGACCAUCGUGGUUUCAGCAACCCAGCAGCAUCACAGUUUUCUCAUUUGUUCUCCUCUCGUACUUUUUGGUUACCGGAGGAAUAAUCUACGAUGUUAUUGUGGAGCCACCGAGUGUGGGAUCAACAACAGAUGAACACGGGCACACCCGACCGGUGGCAUUUAUGGCCUAUCGCGUAAAUGGGCAGUACAUCAUGGAGGGAUUGGCAAGUAGCUUCCUCUUCACAAUAGGUGGUCUAGGAUUCAUUAUAAUGGACCAAACGCACACACCUGGGAAGCAAAAACUGAAUAGAAUUCUUCUAACGGCCAUGGGAUUCAUCUUUAUCCUCGUAUCGUUUUUCACGACGUGGAUUUUUAUGAGGAUGAAACUCCCUGGAUACCUUCAGCCCUAAACAAGAGACUCUCUCGCUCCAACUACUUUAUCACAAUCAGGAAGGACAAAAAGUUUGAUAUAAAAAAAUUGUCAAAAUUAUUAAAAAGUCCAAUAAAACGUGAGUGUAGAUCUUAGAAUUAACUCAGA